CCGCCACGAAUCCUUCCUUAUGUCAAAAUAUUGUGUUUACAAAAAUUGAAAUUAAUAAAUAAUUAAAAUGAUGCAAGAAGAUUCGAACGGUGAAAAUUCAUUUGAAAUAAUUGACAAGAAGUCCGAGGAAUUGUGUAUUAAAGGAGAGACAACAGAUUCUGGCAGCAGCAUUUCAUCUUCAUAUUCCAUACCUUCUCCGAGUCUAGUAAAGGCUGGCAGUGGCGGGAAUUUGUUGGCAAAUGUACCGCCCCCAACUGCAUUGCCAGAAUAUUGGCCGAUGGUUGUUAAAGAUGCCCCUCAGAACAUAACAAGUCAACCGCAGUCUUCUGGAGAUGUUAAACCACCAUCACAAGUUUCAACAGCACCGAUUGGGGUUGCUACAACACAACCGACGAGUUUGGACAUCAGGCCUCUACCUUCGGCUUCCAGCCAAUUUCCCUCUACUCAGUUUAGUGCUGCGAUACCGCCAAGCAAAGGUAUACCACAGGGCCCCAUUCCGAUAGCAGAAUCCCCCGAAUAUGAUUAUUUGGGGGGCGGUUUUAUGGGGCUGGUUAAAGAGGCCUUUUCCAGCGGUGGGGUUUUGUCGAAAAUGGCGGAGAAAGCCAAAAACUCCGUGGAUUCGAUUAUAACGACAUUGGACCCGCAAAUGAGUGAAUAUAUUUAUUCGGGUGGGGAUACUGAGAUAACGGUUAUCAGCGAUUUGGAGGAUGAAGUGGGGGCUGUUAGGGAAGCUUUUCAUUCCGUUUUUGGCAAAGCUUGGGUCAAUGGAAUAAAAUUGGACAUGCCCCUUAAGGAAUUUUUACCAAUUGGACUUGAUCAAGGAUGGAACGAAGCCAACGAAAAAAUCGAAUAUUCCCUAAAAUUCAGAAACACCCCAACCAUAGCUAUUGAAAGCGUUUUAUUGCAGGAUAAUAAUGACUGGUAUGAUUUAAAUAUACUGAUGUUAAGGGAUAAUGACAGAAAUAUUUCUGUAAAAACGUUUUCUCAAGCAACUCCAAUACCGCUAAAUGCAAUUUUAAAAGAAAUUGAAACUGCUGGAUCUCAAUACAAAACUUUAGAAGUAUCACAAAAAUUGGCAAAAUACCUCAAGAACAAAAACGGAUGGCAACAAGAAAUAUCUGGUUUAUCAAAGAAGGAAACUUUGCUUUUAGCAGCUAAAACUUUAGUUAAUCUUUAUAGAAAUAAACUACCAGAAAUUCAGAAUUAAUUAUUUUAGUACUUACCUUAACAUUGCUUCUGCCAUGAUACAAACCUAUUUUUUGUAUAUAAUAUUUUAAUUUUAAGAUAUAUACCCUUUAUUAUGUGUAUUGUUAUGAAAUAA